ACCACGAUCAGUCGUGCCGCGAGGCUCUAGAAGUGCGCUGUACCGCAUUACCCGACUUUUACCCGAUCUAGACAACACACCAUACUCAUUUGAGCCAUUUAAAUAGCGCCCGGCAUCGGAAACGUCAAAUGAUCGACGCUUAGGUCAAUCUGCCGCCGAACCAGUGGUCCUUCGAGCCGGAUACGGCUUUUACGCGUUUACGCAUUGCGUUUUAUUUCCCGUUCAGUUCUCCACUGUGUGCUAUUCCGCCGUUUCCACGACUCUAAGCUGGAAGACUUGCAGGCGCGCGAUUCCAACGAAUCGGGAGAAAAACACCACGAACCGAACAUCUGUGUCUGUUAAUGUGAUUUUGGUGUUGCUUUAGGUUAGGAAUGUCGAAAACGUGAUCGAAUGGGAUCAAAAGUUUUCACGUUUAAUGUGUUUCUUCAAAUCUUCUGUGUAGUUCUCGGUGGUUUCGCUUGUGACUUGUGAAUUUUCCGCCAGCGACUGACCAUGGAUAUACUACCUUCAGGACAUAUUUUCAGAGAACUCCAGGAUAUUCACGAUACCGGCUAUUUUUCCGCACAACCCAGCCUGGACGAUCAUUGGCAACAGACCUGCUACGAGAUGGAACGAUACCUCAAGGACGAACCCAAAAUGCACACCCUCAAAAAGUUACCCGCCGACAUGGAACGAACAUGGUUCGAGGUAAAAUGCCUGGACGACUACGCGGAACGACAUUUGGACGCUCUGAGCUCGGCCAGUUCGCCGUGCUCGUGGGACGGCGCAGCACUCAGCUGCGCGGUACUCGUCAAACAGGAACCCAUCGACGAUGAGGAGGAGGAGGUGCACUCGGACGCGGAAGACGCGCUACAGUUACGUCUGGUGCCGCACAGGAACUCUACCGCCACACUGACGCCCCCCUCGAGUCCCGAGUCCGGCCCUGGACACAGUAACGGCAGUUCUAGUAGUGCCAGUGAGUUGGACGUGUGCGGACUGAGGGUGAACAGCGUGCCUAGGAACGCGAUCGUACGGGUUAGGGCGACAGGGUUGGCCCGGUAUAUUUCGGUGGUGCCGAGAGCGGCGACAGGUCCAAUCACGAGUCAGACGGCGAGCGUGACGACGAAGCACAGCCGACUUGACCACUCGCCGGACAGCAAGAGGCGGAUACACAAGUGUCAGUUCUUGGGCUGUAAAAAGGUCUACACGAAGAGUUCCCACCUCAAAGCGCACCAAAGGACGCAUACAGGAGAAAAACCCUACAAGUGUUCGUGGGAGGGCUGCGAAUGGAGAUUCGCCAGAUCGGAUGAACUCACCCGCCAUUAUCGCAAGCACACCGGAGCUAAACCCUUCAAGUGUCGCCACUGCGAUCGUUGCUUCAGCCGAAGCGAUCAUCUAGCUCUGCACAUGAAGAGGCACGCCUAAGGACCUUGUCGAUGAGGCUCUGGUCUCGCUUUGCCGUGUCAUCUGCAUCACUGCCAGUUACCAAUAGUGUAUCAUAAUAUGUGCUGUGAGAAAAGUUUUAUUUAGAAUCAAGAUAUCGAGGGAUUAAAACAAUUAGCCAGUAUAAUAUAAUAAUAUCGAAAAUAAGUCGAGAGAUGACAAACAUUCAAUCUGGGGGCAAAGUUUUUCUAAUUCUCAUUCAUAUCUGAAAUUAUUCUGUUGACAAUAAAAAAUCGAAAAUAUUUUAAAAUAAACAACAAUUUUUUCGUCAACGCUAUGACUUCCAUUCGACUGAUUAGUAGAAAUGUAAUGUGUUGGCUGAACAAUCGUUAUAAUAUUCAAAUAAUUUUGUUUUAAUUCAAAAAGAACAUGAAAUGACUUGAUUCCAAUUUUUCUUGAAUGAUUCGAGUUCUGUCAAACUUCAGCAACAGUGUGGUGUAACAACAACAUACUGAUAAAUAUUAAUUUGAAAUCUAUAGAAUCUAGUCUACUUUCUAAAAGCAAUUCAUUUCGUUGUCUAUACCGAAAUUAUUCAAUUCUCAAUUCAUUUCAUUACUGAAGAAUGUACAUAAAUGGGAGUACGUCUUCGAUAAUGAUAAGAUUUCUACGAAGAAAAGUGCCGUAAAGUAAGUAAAAUUCGAACAGUAAUUUUUAAUUUGAAAUUUCUCAUUGGAGAAAUACUCACUUUUCUCCAUAAAAUAUAACUGUUAUUCUAACUGCGCCAUAUUUUAUCAGGUACAAUGAUAAAAUAUUUAACAAGUAUGCUCUAUAAAUAUGUAUUUCAAAAUUCACUCCACCUGGUUAUGUGAAAAGCUGAGUUCAAUAAUUGCCAAAAAAACAAAAUUAGUGAUUCAAUUUCAUUUGAGUCAACAUUCUCAGACAUAUUUGAAAAGUUAAAAACGCCAAACACUUGCAGUACUUCAGUAACUAGAAAUUUCUUCUCAAUAAAGAAAUAUUAUUACUUUAUCUUUCAAUUUUUUCCAUUGUCCUAUAGUUUUUGUUGAAAUAUAUUAUUUAUGACCAGAAAAUUGACUCAAAUGAAUUAAAUGUAUUCAAGAAAAUAAUUACAAAAUAUAUAAAAAGAAAAUCAAAUUUCAUUGAAUAUUAUCAAUUAUUUCAUCUAUAUUAUUGAAAUUCAGUUCUGUCAGAAAAAUUUAUAUUAAUUACAAUUAAAAUUGAGUUAGAUACUUUGAAGCAUGAGUUAAUGUAUUUCAGUUUCUUCUAGUUUUGACAAAAAAGGACUUUCAGAUACUUUUCAAAAAGAGCUGUAACUUAAAAAUCUCAGAUACUGAAAAGUCUCAUUCGAGAUACCCCAUCUCGUACUUCAAAUGUUAAAAAAAUUUUAAAAAGAGAAGAAGAAGUAUCUAAUUCAGCAUCUAGGAGAGUAACUUAAAAUUUGUAACUUCGCUUUUCAAAAGUAACUUUUACAGCUCUUUACACCGAAGUGUGUUGAAAUAACAGAUAUAUUGGUAUAACUAUAUUUAUAAACUCAAAAAUGCGUCUGAUUGAAGGCUAACUUUUUAUAUUAGUUUUUCUGUUUCAAAUUAGUGUUUGAAUUUGCCCCCUUUGAUAGCAGUGCUGAUUCUGGAAUAAUUUUCAAGAAUACAUCUUUUUCUCGAUAAUCUUAUCCUAAAUAUUCAUUUCUCAUAGCAUAAUUAUUAUGAACCUAAAAAUACGAAAGGUGUGAACUCUUGGAGCCCAUGUUUCGAGGUUCUUCCUCAGUGAUGUUCUACCUGUGAUCAACAUCUCUGGCUACCAAAAGGCCAAAAACCACACCUAAAUAGCAUUUAUUACAUUAGAUGUAAAAUUUAUAUCCUCUUUCGUCGGUUGUUCGAUGAAUAGGAGAAAAAUGUUCCGAAGAUAGAUUCAAAAAUCCUUGUAACUGUCAAUGUAUAUUUUUCCAAGCAUAAAUACAACAAAUAUACCUCAUUUUUCUGCUCAAUUUUUCAUUAAUUCCAAACAAAAUCUGUAAUAUAUGUACGAUACCAAAAUUGAGAUUUCCAAACGAGUCAGUUACAAGGACAACCUGCUGAUCAAGUUGUUCGUUUCGAAAUCGAAAACAUUUUUCUCGUAUGCUGAAACGACGAAAGAGAUGGAUCUUAGUCAUGUUACUAGAAUUAGUGUGUACGAAUGUGUCAAAGUAUUAACUGAAGACUGUGCAGGCGCACAUCGCCGGAAUUUAGGCUAAAUGUCACUGUUUGUAAAAAAGAAAUCAAAAAAAUAGGAGAUCGAACAAAAAUGAAUUCGAGGAGAAACUGAUGAUAACAGAGUAUUAUAAAAUAGUUAAUUAUAUUUUUUGAGAAAGUGACCUUGAAUGAAAACUUACUUUUUUCAAUAAGAUGCAACGAUAACACAGUAAACAAUAUUUUGUGUACAACCUUCGCAUUUCCGAUACAGUAAAUGGCGAUACUCGAUGCGUUCGUUUCAAUCGUAAAUAACACCAUCUAGAUUUUGAUCAGUUCAAAUGAAAUUUGAAUGCUCAUGAGUUCACACUACAGGGCGAUCUUCGGGAGUCUGCCGUUUUUGAAUAAUUGUCAGUUAUUUCUUCUCGAGAAUUAAUUAAUUAUGGCAAGUAGCUGUUGAACAGCGCAUAUCUUUUAAGGGAUGACCUUGAAAGCGUUCAGCAAGAACCAUAUGUUACUUUGAAUCCUUCAUGCCAUUUAUUUUUGUCAAAAAUUUCAGAUUCCCGUGGCUCGCCUUGUAGUUUUUAAGUGAUCAUUCGAUCGUGAUUAGAGCCGUUUCGAUAAACAUGUUCCCAGUUCAGAAGAUGAAAUUUUCUACUGUAACUGUACAGGAUGAAUUUCUACAGUUCCAAUUUUUUUUUUUUUUUUUUGAUUAGUUACAUGAACGCAUCGUUUCAACAAGUCGCCUACUUACGGCAUUCCUUUUCGAAGCAUUCUCUAUAUUUCUACGCCAUACUUUAGGGUGAGUGAAUGUUGUAGAAUUGAAAUUAAGAAAAAUGUAUAGAUAAUUUAGUGUUUAAAGAAGCAUUUUGUACAGCUGCAUGCUUUGUUAAUUGAUUCAUUACAUUUACUAAUUAGAUGUGCAAAAGGCAAUUUUUUGUGUGCGGGCCAAGUGCGAAUGACGUGUAACUGUAAGAACCUGUCAGAAUCUGUUCUUCCGGAGACGGUAGUUUAGAUAUUAACACUUGUAUAUCCAAAGAGAUUCAACAAAUCUCACUUCGCAAACGAAGUGAAAUUGUUAAAAGGAACCAUCAAAAUGUCAAGUUAUAGUGCAAUUUUUUUAAGUAUGAUAAAACGGGACAAUUGAAAAGAUUUUUUUGUGAUAACGGCUGUCCUCAAGAUCGUAGCCAAAACUGUUUGCAUCAUGAAGAGCAUCAAUCGUCUUCGGAUAUACAAGUGAUUAGAUUGUAAUCUUCAGAGUAAUAUAUUGAUUAGUUUAUAUAAAAAUUUUUUACCUGCUGAAUGCGUAUAUGAUGUUGAUGUUUUUGAUUCUUUAUUGUAUAAUAUAUUAUAUUUCGAUCGCUAGUUUAUUUUGCUUCUAUCUAUUCCGCUGCAUUUGUUUUGAAGAAAGAGCCGCUCAAUUUGUAAAACUCCUGAUUGUUAUUCGAAGGAUCGAGGAAAUGAAUUUUUACAGUCUGAAUGCCCAGCAAUCAGUUUUGAGUGGAAUUGUGUAGGCUCAUCUUUAAUCCAGCUCUAAAUCGAUAUGGACGGUUCCAACAAAUAAUUUUUAGCGAUUGAAAAGUUGAAAAUAUUUUUAAUUAUCGAAGGGGUUUAGUGAACAAUGGAAGGAAGAAAUACUUAUAUGAAUCAUUAUUUGACCUUGCUUAUUUUGUUAUAAGGAUAAAAUGUAUAUUGAAAAUAUGUUUUCAUUUCUUCAUCGUUGUUCUUCGGAAUUAGGUGCUAUAAUUUUUUUUUCUGAGUGAUUUUUGAUAUUAUAAUCACGUGUAAAUAAUGCAUUAUGUUGUUAUACCAAAGAUCGAACAAUUGCAAUAAAAAUCAUUCAAGGAAAAUGUGAAUAUGGUUAUUUGUAUGUAAAUAUUUGUGAUAAAUGGCGAAAUUAUUAGUCGGAACUAUCCAUAUAUAGAAAAAAUGUGCUGUCAACCUAUAUGUGACAUUAUUUCAUGUUGAUGUCGUGUUUCAGGUCAUGGGAAUAUACACAACUCUGAUAAGUAAAGAAAGUCCAAAUGAUGUAGAUAAUCAGAAUAGAAAAAUAUCUCAGUUGUUCUGAAUGUCUUUAUUAUCAAGUUCGUCAAUAUUUGAAGAAUUAAUUGAAUGGAAUGAAUUCAAUUUCAAAACCUAUGUGGGUUUAUAGCGAAUAAGUAAAUAAUUUCGAAACUUUAGGCAAUCGGUACUAUGAAAAUACCUUUUAGAAAAUGUCAUUAUUUUUUAGAUGUAAUUUUGAGUUCUAAUUCAU